GAGGGGCGCCCCGGUGCCCGUCGCCACUUCCGGGAGCGCCUGGGCUGCGGCCGCCGCCUCGCUGUGCUGUCAGCCGCCGGCCGGGCCGCGGAGCCGCGUGAGCGCGCAGCCGGACCCAACCGCCCCGUCCCCUCGCGCAACGCCCGGCCUCUCCCUGCGCCAUGGGGGCGUCCACGCGGCUACUGCGCGCAGUGAUCUUGGGGGCCCCGGGCUCCGGCAAGGGCACCGUGUCGUCGCGCAUUACCCAACACUUCGAGCUGAAGCACCUCUCCAGCGGGGAUCUGCUCCGAGGCAACAUCCUUCAAGGCACAGAAAUUGGUGUGUUAGCCAAGACUUUCAUUGAACAAGGGAAGCUCAUCCCAGAUGAUAUCAUGACUCGGCUGGCCUUGCAUGAGCUGAAAAACCUCACCCAGUAUAACUGGCUCUUGGAUGGUUUCCCAAGGACUCUUCCUCAGGCAAAAGCCCUGGAUAAAGUUUAUAAAAUAGACACCGUGAUUAAUCUGAAGGUGCCCUUUGAGGUCAUUAAGCAGCGCCUCACAGCUCGCUGGAUUCAUCCGGCCAGUGGCCGAGUCUACAACAUCGAAUUCAACCCUCCCAAAACUGUGGGCAUCGACGAUCUGACUGGGGAGCCUCUCGUGCAGCGUGAGGACGAUAAACCGGAGACGGUUGCCAAGAGACUGAAGGCUUACGAAGCUCAGACAGAGCCAGUCUUGGAAUACUACCAGAAAAAAGGAGUGUUGGAAACAUUCUCCGGAACCGAAACCAACAAGAUCUGGCCCGAUGUAUAUGCCUUCCUACAAACAAAAGUGCCACAAAUAAACCAGAAAUCAUCAGUUACUCCUUGAGGAAAAGCCGGUGUAACUACAAACAAAAAGAACUUGUUUUAUGCUGAGUUAAUAUCAUAGACCAGCAAUCUCCAACGGGUGGUCCUGGACCACUGGUGGUCAGUGAGGUCCAAAAGGUUGGAGACCACUGUCAUAGACAAUUUUGAUGAAGAUGAUCAUGGCUGAGGAGCGCAUGCAUAAAAAAAAUCAUGCUGUAAUGACAUUAUGAUUUAUGUGCCAUAUGGAAAUAUUUGGAGCUGAAUGCCCAUGGCUAGAGGCUACUAUGUCUUAAAGGAUAAUGAGAACAGUACUUAACCCCAUUACCCUAUUUUUUGGAGUACCAUAGUUAUUUUGGUGCAAAAUAUAUAAGCAAAGUGUGUUGUGGGAAAUGGACAUUGGCAAUUAAUACCAUCAGAAAAUUUAUUCCUCAAUUCCAUUUGAAAUAGGUUAAAUACUGGCUUAAAUUCCUAAACCCCAGCCCAUAGCUACUCCCCCCCCCCCCCCCCCACACACACAGCUAUUCAUAACGGCAUUCCAGCAAAGUAUUUUGAACUCAUUGUGGCAAAAUCUACCUAUGUUAAAAACAAGUCAUGCUAAUUACAAACCUCAGAUUAAACUUUUGUAAUACUUGCAACUACUAGCAAGAAUAAAUUUGUAUUUUUGAAACAUUUUUUUAUUGAUUUCAGAGAGGGAGAGGGAGAGAUAGAAACAUCAAUGAGAGAGAAUCACCCAUUGGCUGCCUCCUGCACACCCCCUUCUUGGAAUCAAACCCAUAACCUGGGCAUGUACCCUGACCGGGAAUUGAACUGUGACCUCCUGCUUCAUAGGCUGACGCUCAACCACUGAACCACACCAGCUGGGCUAAAUUUAUAUUUUAAAACAUGUUUAUAAGUUGUGUCUUCUCAUUGACAAAAGAAAAUAUUCCCAGACACUAGUAAACUGCAGAAACAGCUUUCUUUUCUUCACAAUCCAAGAUUGUGAUUUUAGAAGUUACAGUUUAAAAAUAUUUAAAUCCAUUCAAAAUAAAGUCUAGCUGUGCUUAAAGCUUUUGGGAAAAGCUGAUGUAUUCUGUAGUGUUCAUGACCUACUCAAUCUGCCUUUUUUU